AUGGCAGAGACAACGUCUUUCCCAUUUGAUCUCUCCACUUUCCCUAAAGGCCAGCCCCGAUUGUCGCCAUAUGCCAGUGGGCCAGUAUGGCUGUCAUUCGGUCCUGCGGCGCCUCCCUACCUCAUCCCACAAGCUCUGAUACCGCCGUCAAUUCUCUGCAAUUCGCGCCAUUUGGGUAACCGCGCGGCAUCAGAGCUUCACGGGCAGUCCACGACUCCUUUCGUUUGCGUCCACGACGUCGACGCUGACGUCGCUCAUACUUUCGUGCAUUACCUCCACACAGGAGAAUACCAGACCCUGAACUCGUCGAGCCCUCGCGACCAUCCUGGUGGAUCCAACGAGGAGAAGAGCCGAGAGCACCGUCGUGCUCUACUUGCCUAUGUUGCUGCAACAGUCCACCAGUUGGACGGCCUGCGUAGGCUUGCACGUGAGAAAGCGCAGGCAAUGGGGCAGAUGCUACCGCCGUGGGUCGUGCUACACGACGUGGAGUCUGCGUAUGAAGGUUUGAGAGAGCGAGACGACUGGAUGGAUGGCCACAUGACUGACGCCAUUCGUAAAUACGUGAACGGCGGAAAUCUCGACAGAGACCAACAGUUGGACAAAGGAUUGAAGAGCAUCUUUGCUUGUGCAAUUCUCGAUGCUGUUGGCGAAGUGUUUUCCCAUGGUAUGGGACAAGGCGGAAACGAUUCUCUGGAGAUGCCAAUGGCGCCGGAGAGUGUGAAUGUGGAAGAUGAAAGCGAGGCGUACUGUUCAGAGUUGAGCUCUGAUGCCGAGGUCAUUGAGUUGGACCCCUCCUUGAACUCUGGGAGUGAGAAGACGCACUGGCUCGUUGAAGAUGAGCCGGGAGAGCCUGCGCCCUACAGUGGGCAUGGCCCCCAGUCCCCGGAUGCGGUGACUGCAUCAAUCCCUGAAUCGGACCAGAUGACCAUGCUGGAACGACCGAGUCCCUCCGCCAGCCCUCGAGCCCCUGGGUCUACCACGAACAUCUCGCCCUCUGUCUUUCCCAAGACACGGCACCGCCCCAGUCGGGAGCCUCGUAUGGUAGAUCCAGAGCGUACUAAAACCGGUGCUCUGCCGCCACACAUCAUUGAGAUCCCCUACCGUCCCUCGCCUGCUUCUCCGCCACUUCCACCACCCCCUCCACCGGAAAUUCCCGGAGUACAAAUUGUCGCAAUGGAAGAUAAUAGGAAGAUUGGAGACUCCGCAGAGCCAAUCAUGACUUAUGAGGGGACAGCAAGGAACACCCAAGCCAACAAAGCUCCUCACAAGCAAGUUGAGCAGCCACCGAUGCUACCAAUGCCGCCUCAUAGUCCCUUUCCCCAGGACAGAAACCCGGGAUUCAUCAGAUGGACUCAUCCAGAAUUGACAGAGUCUCUUUCAAAAGACGACAAGCCCGGCAUCGAAGGGUCUGCGCUCGAGAAGAGGAAGUAUAGGAAGAAGAAAUCAACCAAGCGUCCGAAAAGCAGCAUACCACCUACCGAUUGCUGGUUUCCCGCUCCGCCAGGCCCACACCUUUCUCAUCCCAUGCCGCCUCUCGGCCCGUUCCCAACUAUGAGGCGGAAUUUCCCAAUCAAGAAUUCUCCUCCCCCUCCCCCUCCUCCUCCACAAGCCAUGGUUGAAAUAUUACCACCACCACCACCUCCUCUUCCUCCUUCUCCUCCUCAGCCGAUGACCACCACAUCUUCGCCAGCACCCCCGCCUCCUCCGCCAGCCCCGGUACCCCCACCCGUAGCAUACUUCUCGUAUCCAUCGGACUCUCACAUGCCGCCACCACCACCGCCUGAUCCCCAACCUGACAACAUGCCAAUCCCGAAACUGUCUCCCAAUCCCUACAAAACAAUGUUGCUGCCGCCCAUGCCUCCAACAGGACCGCCGCCACCACCGCCGCCGCCGCCUCCUAUAAUCGAUGUCUCUUGGGCCGGCAUGGACGUGCCACCACCGCCAGUCUCACCGCCCAACCCUCCCUCCACUAUCGCAUCGAGCGAGAUGACCAGUGACGCAGGAGGCGACGACCACGGCGGCGCAACGUGUGCGCGCAUGUCAGCCCACCUGGCCGGGAGGGGCUGGAGGCGAUGUGAUCAGUGCAAGGCCUUGGUGAUGUUGGCUACCCAGGUGGCCAGGAGCCAGCAACGGGAGGAAUCAGACGAUGAGGACGAGGGGGAGACGAGCGAGGAUGACGGCGAACACCAUGGCUACGAAACAAGCUCCAUGAUGUCGGUUCCAUGA